AUGGCUAACAUAUACACGUUAAGAGCAUUUUUUUGUGGCCAGUGGUCUUCCUCAGCAAGACUGGAUGGCAAGACGGUGAUCAUAACGGGCGCCAACACUGGGAUUGGCAAAGAAACAGCCAGAGACCUGGCCAAAAGAGGAGCAAGGAUUAUCAUGGCAUGUAGAGAUGUUGAAAAGGCUGAGAACGCCCUGAAAGAGAUCACAGAGGAAUCAAGAAAUCAAAAUGUUGUGAUCAGAAAACUGGACCUGUCUGACACCAAGUCCAUCAAAGAAUUUGCAGAGGUAAUGAAUAGAGAGGAGAGGCAACUGAAUAUUCUCAUCAACAAUGCUGGAAUAAUGAUGUGCCCCUAUUCAAAGACAGCAGAUGGCUUUGAGAUGCAGUUGGGUGUAAACCAUUUGGGUCAUUUCCUGCUGACCUUCCUGUUGCUGGACCUAAUGAAAAGGUCUGCGCCUGCAAGGAUCAUCAAUGUGUCCUCAAUGGCACACAGCUGGGGGUCCAUCCAGCUCGAUGACAUUAACAGCGAGAGACACUACCACAGCAGACGAGCAUACGGGCAGAGCAAACUGGCCAACAUCCUUAGCACCCGCGCCCUGGCCAAAAGGCUCAAAGGUACAGGAGUAAAUGUGUACGUCAUACACCCGGGAGUGGUGCGCACAGAGCUGAAGAGGCACAUGAACAUCCCACUGCUGGUGAUGUGGAAGAUUGUCAGGCCCUUCACCAAGACAGUAGUGCAGGGAGCUCAGACGUCCAUCUACUGUGCUGUGGAGCCCGAGCUGGACGCAGAAAGUGGUGGAUACUACAGCAAUUGUUCCCCGGCCAGUUGCUCCAGGGCAGCAAGAGACGACGUCAUGGCAGAGAAACUCUGGGAGCUCAGCUGCCAGAUGCUGGGAAUUACCUGGGAGUAACCCACUGAUUUGAUUGAAUGCACGCCUUUCAAUUACGCAUGGAAUUACCAUGAGAUGUUAGAAGGGCAUGUACAGUAUGUACUAUGGCCACCACCGCAACAGCUUCAAUAUUGACCUUACUAACCUACUUAUUUACUUAUAGACCCACUAACACACACACACACACACACACACACACACGGUUUCUUUAUUUGAAUCCGCCAAUCAAAUUUCUUACAGAAAGUAUUCAAAUAUUCUCAGAGAAAACACAGCUUUGACAUUCAAGGGUACAUAAAGCAUCGCUUACGCCACACAGCAAGGCUGCCUAUCACACCUGAUAUGUAGCAGAAUUGGUAGCCCUGCCAGUCUUAGUCCACUAACAGUCAGUUUGUGGACAUGUCCCAGGCUGCAAAAUAUCAAUGCCACAAACCUACAUGCAUAGCCUAGGUCACUGACCUUUGCAAGGAGGAGUUGGUAUUUAGUCAUUUUUUUCAAAAACGGCUAUGUCCAUAUACAGAUCACAAACACAACCUAUUUCCAGGACUAGCACCUCCUUUCUAUCUGUAUCCACAAGCACAGCAUCAGGGGUGUUAGGGAUGUUACAAAACACAUCAUCAGAGCUGUUGAAUUAGUCUGGUAUUACGCGUGAGUGUUAAUACAUUGGCAUAUUUUUUGGAAAUAUGUCUUGAACACAACUGGCAAUGAGAUCAACAAUACGGUCAUGGCGUGCUGUGCAUAGCUCUUUGUACAUAUUACAACCAUUUACAAUAUGAGCAACUGAUUCAAGGUGAUCAGAGUUAGAAUGCAUUAUACAGUGUGGAUAGUGAUUUUCAGGGUACCAUAAUGCUAGGUUGUAUCUGGUUGGUAGCACCUAUAGUCUGGCCUUAACAGUUUAGCAAAGAAUAUCCUCCCCAUUGCAGCAUUUGAAUGAGAGGUAGAGUGGUCAGCAAAGUCAAGACAUGCCAACUUUCCCUGCAUUCUUAGUCCAGUCCAGAGUUGUUUUGUGUCCAUCUGUUUGAUGUUCAGUAAGGAUAUUCUUGCUAUUGUGCUCUGUAGUGGGUGUUGUGUCUUAUUGUGACAGACUGUGGCCUCCACAGUAAAAGAUGGAUCUGUGACCACUGCGUCAGAUACCUCUGGUGCAGUAUGUGAGUUGCUUUGUGUCCAGUGUAAUUUAACUGCCAGUCUGUUGCACAGGUCGUUUAGGUCUGGCCAGUCUGAACGAACUCUGAAACCUUUGGCUUGUGUGCCCAGUUUACCGUUGCUUUUCCUCCUGAAGCCUAGGAAGCUGUCUUGGUCGCCUGUGGCCAAAGGGACCUUUCUCUUCCUGAGGUCCAAUAGGAGAGAAGCUCUGGCUCUCUGACUGUAGCAUCGUCGUUGUUGAGCAUGCUGAUGAGGUGUGGUAUUCUUGUAGUGGAGUAAGUCCAUUCCACAUUUGGGACCCCCAGACCCCCUUUGAGUGUGAAGAAGAUUAUUUCCCUGGUGGAAUGAGAGUUCAGUCCCAGCCAUUUCCUGACGGCCUCAACUGUUUUAUUAUUCAUGUCCCAUAGGACAUUUUGUGGGAUGUGAAUGUUUGCAAAGAGGUGUUGUAUCUUUACCAGAGCUAAUUCUCUAAUGGCUUCCAGUUUCAUGGCUACAAGUAGGGGGGAGGAUUUAGAUUUAGAUCAGAUUUAGAUUUUUACCAGCGGUUUCCACCUUCACACCUUUCUUAACUUCACACACGCACACACGCACACACACACACACACACACACACACACACACACAUACACACUACCAAAUUCAUUAUCCACAUCAUUUUCCACCGGAUAUCUGUUGCUCUUAUUUCAAUUUGUGCCAAUUAUUUCAGUUCUGUCAUUGUGCAUUGCUGAUUUGUAUGAUCUGGUUUGAAGAAAAAAAA